CAAGAUGGCGGCCUGAAAGGCAUUAUUUCAGCUGAUUCCACGAAACUCCAUAAAGUCUUCUUGCGAUGGUGCAAUCUGCACUUGAAUCAACUUUGUCUGUAAAUGAGACGUACAUCUAACCAGCUGAUGGUGACAAGCUGGCUGAGAUAUGUUUGGAUCUCUUUUUGAAACCGAUGAAGAAGGAUCGAAAAACAGUAAAUCAGGUACUACUGGCAGAGUUUCCAAACAGAACAAGCUGAACUGGCCUCCUCAGCCAAGAGGGGUAACUGGAAUCUGUGGUCUGCAGAACCAAGGAGCCACGUGUUAUUUGAAUUCUUUACUGCAAACGUUAUUUUUCACUCCAGAAUUUAGAGGUAAAUUUGAUAUUUUGACCUCAGAACAGCAGACAGCUUGGGAUCGAAGGGGAAAAAAGCUUGUCACGAAAGUAUUCGAUACUUCCUUUUUUGAUAAAAGAAUUGAUAAAGUAGGUGAAUAAAUUUUCCAGUGGUCAUUCCACAGGCUGCCCUCAAACGUUAGGAUGGAAGAGUUGUAGACUUCCGUCACUGCAGAAAAUAUAUCUCAAGCUUAAGGGGUCAUACUUUUCCACAGAGGUUUAUAUCCGCACACCCUUCACCAAUGAUAAUCUCGAAAGAAGUGGGAACAUUUUGUAUUUUUCCCAAAAAUAUUUCAAUUUCUUUAUUUAAAUGGUGAUGACUGACAGUUGAAGGAUUCCAUUACUGUCCUCUGUUGGAGGGAUUGAAGGAAAAGAAAUAAAAUGUUACUAAAAAUGUUUAACUUGUAUUGAAAAAUGAUUUUUUAGCAGCACUUUUGUAUGAAAGGUAUUUUAUUAUCUCCUUCUCAGAUGGGCUUUUCCGCCUUACGUCAGAAGAUUUGAGUUAUGAUCCAAGAGGUGGGACUUAUCCCAAGGUAGAGUGACACAUUCAGCAUGUCAUAACCAUAUAUUGACAUAAAACUAGUUGAAGCAAGGCACUCACAUUGAAAUUUAUUUGUAGCAUAUGCCUUUUCUUGAGUUAUUCUCAGUAUAUAUGAACCAUACUGUAAACAGUCAAUCAGAUUGCUAUCAUAAUAUAAUGUAUUAAUGAAUGAAACGAAAAACAUUUAUAUCUCCUUCUCAGGUCAGAGUGAUACCAUAUCAGCUUCAGAAAUUGUUUGCCAAGCUCCUUCUGCUUGAUCAAGACAGUGUUAACACUUCUCAAUUGACAGAUAGUUUUGGUUGGACUGGAAAUGAGGUGAUACAUUAUUGGAACUGACUAUAUUCUGUUCGAGAAAAUUACUCCGAGUUCUGGUGCUUCAUAUAUCCAAAGUAAUGUUACAGAGUGAUUAAGUACUAAAGUUACAGGCGUAGGCCCAGUUCAAAUUCUUAAACUAUUCCAAUUAUUAUUAUUACAAUUUCUUUGCUUUUUCAGGGAUUUCAACAGCAUGAUGUUCAAGAAUUAAGCAGAAUCUUGUUUGGCGCCUUAGAAUCAUCUCUUCUUGGUACCCCUGGAGAGGCUUUGAUUAAGAAUCUGUAUCAUGGAACCUCUGUAACAAAGGUACAUAAUCUGAGAUCUAACAGUCUUGUUUACAACUCCUCUCUAUUUCAAGAUCAUACUUGCACAUCAUUCCAGACUGAACUGCAUGGCUUUUAGGAACAGCUAAAUUUAAUAAUUUAAUUUUUUUUCAAAAUUUUAUCUCUUACACUGCAUUCUUGACCUGAGUUGCUCCUUGUUGGCAUUUUUCUUUGUUGAAUAAGAUAAUAUCCACUUUUUCAUUCUUACUGAAUUUGAAUUACAUUGAUUGGCAGGUAACUUGUCAGGAAUGUUGGCAAGUCAGUGAAAGAGAGGUAAUGACAUUAAAGUUUAUGUAGUUCUAUAUUAUCUGUUAAAAAGAAUAUGAAAGACAUGCUUGCCAUGAUCUUGAGGGAUGUUUUACCAGGACUGAAAAGCUGUACCCCAAUUCUGCUAAUGUAUACAAUUUCAACCAUAUUAUUUGUAUUUUUAGGAGGAUUACCUUGAUCUUCCAUUGGUUCUCUCUGGGUGCAAGGACUUACAAGAGAGUCUUUCUAUGAGUUAUGCUGCUAUGGAGAUUUUGGAGGGAAGAAAUCAGUAUAAGUGUGGAUCAUGUAACAAGCUUGUCAAUGCUACAAAGGUUUGUUUUUAGAAACAGACAUACCCUGCUGCAACUUUACUAUCACUAUCUGUAUCAUCUUCAUCAUUAUCAUUAUUACCAUCAUCAUCAUCAGAGUUCCAGAAUAUAUCUCAACAUGCCUGUCGAUAAUAUUGAGUGUUAUUAAUUUACAGCUGCCAUACACUUUCGCUAUAAAUGCUUUUAUUAAUUCCAAGUAGCUACAACUAACAGUGCCACUUUAAGGCAUUUAUGGUGUCUCCAUGAAUAAUUAUUCUGACCAGGUAAUGUUUUUCUCUGUGAUGCUAACUUUUUUUUCUCUUUGACCAGGGUAGUAACAUAAGAACUCUGCCUCCCAUCCUGACAUUUUCAUUGCUGAGGUUUGAUUAUGAUUUUCGAAAAGGCGAACGAGUUAAGGUAAAUUUAAAAUAACAUUUGUAUUCCUUUGAAGGUGCAGACUGAUAAACAUGCAUUGACUUAUAUUCCAAGUUUCAAUUUCAAUUUUCUAACUUUUUUCACUUCUUUGAGUCAUUCUAAGCUUAAACAUUCAUAUCAUUUUUCCCAUUCCCUCUCCUUCUCUUGCUCCCCAAAUUAUCCUCUGUUACCAGAUGAUGAAGAGUAUAUAUUUUAGUUUCAAUUAUUUUUUUGUGGGAUUUACUACACCAUUGUUGUCUUUCAGGACUGUAAGAAAUACUCCUUUCCAGUCACACUAAACAUGAAAGAUUUUUGUGAAUCUAGUGAUGCUGUUGAAGCAGAUCAAGAAUAUCAGUUGUUUUCUGUUGUUAUUCAUGGGUAGGUUGCUGCAGUUUAAUUUUUUAUGCGAUAAAAUUAAUCUCAGAAGUGGUCGAUAUGAAAUUUCUCUCCACAAUUUCAAUACAUUAUUCAGAAACCAGGCAAGGAGAAUAGACAAACCUAUUACCUAGAUGGUGUUUCCUUGAUGAGACACCAAAUUCCUUUAACCUAUCCACAAGGAAGUUUAAGGAAUGUCAAUCAGAAGGGAGAAAACCAAAGCAAACCAAUCGAGGGAGUGAAAGGGUUUUAAUGCCUGUUAAAGGAUUUUUUUAGUAGGAAGUUUCCUGUUCCCAAGAAUAAAACUAAAAAACUACAACUGUCUUAAGAAGCCAGGAUUUCUUUUUGCAUGAUUACACUUUUUCAACUCCUGCUAUGUUGAUGUUUGAUGUGGUUGAGCUUGCAGUUAUGCAUGUAUAUUUGUUAGAGACUGAGUUUAUAUUCCAAAGGGAAUAAAUUAAUUAGCUUGAUGUUGACAGACAUUUAGUUGUCAUUUUAUCUUGUGUUUUGUUCCUUUGUUCGUUGUAGUUAUUGCUUUGCCCUGCCUCCCAACCCAGGGGCUUUCCUCAAACCCUCAGGGGCUCCUCGUUUCCUUGUUAAAGAUGCCCAAACAGAUUCACUGUCUCAUUUGUUGGUGGUGUCUUGCAAGUGAGGUGUGUCGGGGGAAUAAUUAAAAAAGAUUCUUAAUUAUAGUUUUUUGUUCUUAAUUAAAUGUUGAAAUAGAUGCCAUUAUGUUAUUCAAAAUUUAGACACUUCCCUUACUUAUUUUCUCUAGAGGAAGCUGCUAUGGAGGACACUACCAUGUGUUCAUUCGUGAUGUUGAAGGAGUGCGAACCUGGCAUCCACCUGUGAGUAGCUGUGAAUCAUAAUAGUAUAAUUUGAAAAAAUUCAGUGAAAUAAAUGUAAUCACUCUAUUGUUUGAGCCAGGGUAAGUCAUAGUGUAUGAUAGUUUGGACAGUAAAUUAAAAUUAUGUUUUUCAAGGCGAAGAAGCAAGUGAAAGUUGUUAAAGAAGAUGAUGGUGGUGAGAAAGAUGUCAUAAACUGUGGGAACCCUGUGGACUUAAUUACCAGUCUACUGAAGAAGCUUGGUGGUGCUGCAUCUGUCAAUCAGUUAUGUCAGGUAAAAACUUACAUUCAUGUUUGUUUUCAAGUGGACAAGCUGUAUUGAGCAUUUCUUUAAAUAAAUUUACUGUUUUUCUAAAACACAUUCUACUUUGUAUAUUUUAUGGAUAGUAUAUGUCAAAGGAAACAGGGAUUUCUUGGAAUAAGGGAUUUAAAAGUCAAUAUGGACCUCUAGCAAAGGUAUUGUUGUUACCCUGUGCUGUUGUAUUUUCAGGGAUAACCUACGAGUUUAGAAUUUUCUAUUUACACAGUGACUACAUUAGUUAUGAUUAGUGAACUAUUAGCAUGCGCUUAUAAAUUCCUGUAAAACCAGCCCAUAAAAAAGAGACAAGAUUGACUGAGAAAAGUUAGUUACUGAGCAAAAGGGAAAUAAAAAUGUGUGAUUUCUUUUUCUCCAAGCCAAGGAAAAACUGUACCAUUUUAUUAUGUAACGUCCCUGUAACCCUGCAAUUAAAUUCUCCUUGAGAGCUAACCAGUAUCAUGAAAACAAUUUUCCACCCAGUUUUUCAAGAAAAACUCUGAUGUGUUCAGGUUCAGUGAUGCAUCAGGUUAUGUUUCACUACAAAAUGGUAUCCAUGAAAAUUCCAACAAAACAUCACUAGCAGUGGUCCAAGAACAAGGGGAACCAGGAAAACUUGUAGAUGAUGUUCAGAAAAGAAACUCCCAACCUGUAUUGGAAGGGUAGGUUGACAUUAAAAAUUGUUUAAAAGCUCAUUUGAAAAGGUGCCUGGGUUAAUUUUCCAUACAUGUUUUAUGCUUGUUGUUAGUGAAAGUUUGCCUGAGCAUGGACAUUGCUGGUUUGAUAUAAAUGAUUCAAGGAUAUCCUGUAUACAUGAAAAAGACCUCCAAAGUCAGUUUGCUGGAAAGGAAAGUGCUUACAUGCUGUUUUAUAGGAGAAAAAACCUUUCUGCAUGUGUGGAAGAUCCAGGUAAGACAAACAAAGCUAUUUGUUGCAGCUGUCUUUUUGUUGUUGUUGUUGUUGUUGUUGAUUUGUGAUGGAUGAUUAUUUUAUCUUAUUUUCUAUUUACAGCUCUCUUGGUCCCUGCUCCAAUUAGAGCUGAGGUUGAUAAACUAAAUGAAGAUUUGGUGAGGCAAAGGUGAAUCUCUGAGAAUAAGACAUAUCAUGAAACCUAUAACAUGCUGACAUCAAGUUUAAACAUACAUGAACAUACAUUCAGUGGACACAGAUUUAGUGGAUCUCUCUUUAGAAAUUAACGUUUAAUUUAGGGAGUUCUGUACCCAGUUCUGCUUAACACAGGUUAAAGUCCUGUGCUUGUCAAUAAAUAUGGGUUUUACUAACUUAAGAUAAUACAGAACUAACAAACUUGUACCCAGUUGAGAACAAUAAGGUGAAUCUAUUCUAGGAGAGACUGCCUAAGAUCAGAAUUUUUAUCUCCUCUUUAGGAAAGACUAUGACUGUCAUCUAAAUGAAAUUUCUGUUAGUGUGCAUUUUGGAAACAACUAUACAAUGACAGACAGUGUUCUGCAGAUUAAACAGGUAAAACAAGAUUAAACUGGUGAAAUGAGAUUAUUAGGGAAAAUUGUAAGGUGCAAACAAAGACUUGGUGAAAUUGUAUGGCUGUUUUGGCCUUGAAAUUUGAAAAUGUGUUUUGCAGGUUGGUUAUGAUGAAUCAUCUGCUUUUUGUACACUUUUAGGGAGUAUCCGUCAAACCACUGAUUAUAUCACUGGACAGAAGAAAGUCUGUAAAUGAUCUUUUAAAAAAUGUUCUUAAGGUAAAUGACAAUAUGACAUACCGAAACUGUAUUUUUUUUUUAACUACCUUAUUGUUUCACACUUUUCGCAGAUAAGUCUAGGUACAAAAUUGUGUGCCAAACUUUCCAUUAUUUUCAAUUUUGAUUAAUUUGUUAAGGGUUAAGUUUUGUUUGUUUGAUUAUUUGAUUUUGAAGCUUGACAUGCCUGGAAAUGAUGCAGAAUGUAACACUCUUCACAUUGCUCGACAAUUAUCAUCAGGCCUCCAUCUUUUUGAAGAACUGACGGGUAAGCUCAUGUUUCAAGGCAACUUUUUUUGUGGUGAAACAAAUCUGAUAUGAUUAUGAAUGAAGUUUCUGGGCUCCAAAAAAUUCUCAUGUUCAACAGUCUUAUGUUUUUUGCAAGAAGAGAUAAAAUAUCUGUAGGGUUUUGUUAUUGUGUGGAGACUGCAAAUGAAAAGGAUUCAGAGGAGUGUCACUGUGUGAUGUUCGUAAAGACACAUCACCCAUAAUUCAAGGGUAUGCAUCUUUCCAGCCAGACACUGGGCUCUGAUUUAGAAGAGAAUGAGGGCAGAGGCAAUUAACUGUUGUCUUUGAACAACUUGUAACUUUGUUUUUCUGGAGGCUUUUACAAGCAGGGCACCCCAGAUCUCUGAGACCUUCAUUCAUCCAGUGAUUCUCCUCAAAGAACAACUUUGUGUUGUUUGAAUAGCUACAAGCAAACUUUCAAGAAGAGCUGAAAAAAUGUCAAGGGGGAGAGGGGUAGCUUGAGAUGGACUGGCAUCCUGUUUAGGGGGGUGCACAAAAGGUCCAAGAUGCUUCAUGUCAAGCAGGAUAGCUCCUCUGGUUUGUAAGCUGACUUAUCAAAUCACCUCACUACAGAGUAUCCAGAAAAGUCUCUUAUACAAAGUGGAGUGAGUGGAGGUACAGAUGUAUUCCUAUGGAAUGGGAAAGAGGUAGAGGUUUCAUUGUAAAACAUAUAUCUUUUUCUGUUUUCUAAAUCUAUUUUCAAAAUCUAUUUGUCUCAGGAAUGACACAUACAAUGAGUUAGUGCUCUUAUUGCCAAGCAGAAUUUCUCAAAGUUGUAGUGUUGUUGAUUGUGGUAGAUCAUUAGAUGAAUGGAUGGAAUUCUUGUCUAGCCUCUCAGGAAAUAGCUAUGGAGGGCAUUUGUUGUGCCUAUCAAGGAUCAUCCCAAAUUGCAUAGCAUUGCAACCUUUUUCACCUUGUAGUGGACAUUUUAAAGCCUUGAUGUACCAUGUUGCAUUCAUCAUUUUGUCAUCACAGCCAAAACCUUCUUGAUCAGAAUGUUGCUCAUUUUCCUUUUACUUGAAGAUUGAUGGAUACUCAGUGUAUCCUGGAGAAGACUCGGCACCAGUGCUGCUAAACAUAACAUAUUCCACAUGUCAACUGCAAGAUACAGAGGAAAUUCAGAAGCAUUUUAGAAAGGAUACUACAGUGGGAGAGAUGAAGGUGUGUGACGAAUUAUAGAAUCUGAAGAUAAAUUGAUGGUUUCCAUUAUUCUCACACUUAAAGUCUACAUUUAUGAUCAUAGGCGGCAAAGCAGGAAGGGGGUAUAGACACAAAAAGUUGGGGCUCUCCCCUUUGCCCGUACACUUCAGUGCAGAAAUUAUUGCUAACAGUAGUGGUAUGCAGGACACAUGUCACAUAUGAGGCUUUGAAACGCUUCGCCACUUCUGAUAAUAGUCCGUUAUUUUUUUUUCUCUUAAAUGUUUAUAAGUCUAAGAGACUGUUUUGAUUAUUUUUUUACCGAUUAUUUUAUCUUUUAUGUCAGAUUAUGAUAAGCAAUUUUGUCGGAAUAAAUUUUCAAGAUUUGCGUCUAAGCUGGGUAAAGUCAAAAGGUAUGUAUUUGAAACUGACGUAGCCUGUUUCAGGUGUUUAGAGGGUAAAGUGGAGCGAAAUAGUAAACGGUGCACUAGCAGCGGAGGUUUGGGUUGGGUCAAAACCCAACCCAAACCUCUCUCGUAUUUUCACUCCUAUAUUUUUACAAACUGAACCCCUAGACCAGGCUUAAACUGAAGGUUUGACACAAUAUUCCAUUAAGAUGACUGCAGUUUCUUUUAUAAUCCUUUUUGUUCUUCCGUUGAAAUCGUAAAACUGCACAUUUCUGUCAUAUAUUUGGCUGGCAAACUUUAAACAGAUAAUUUUUCUUUGUUCUCAUGUACCUACUUACAGGUAAAACCAAGCAAAUAAUGCCUAAAGAUUCUGAUCAGGUAAGUUUUUGAAUGCCCCGUUUCCUUAGCUAUAGUCGCCAAAGGUAGUUUGAGGACCAAGUCGUGGUUUGGUUUGGCAAGAUCAUUUCUUAGUGUAUAUUUUUUUAAGUGUCCGCUACAGUUCUCUGUUUUUUUGGCUUUAGGAUGGUAACACACUGCACGAGAUAGGUCUACAAGACGGCGAUCAAUUGGUGGCUGAAGAAAAGGAAGUAUUGCAGUAAGGAUUCUUUGUAUUUAUUCUGUAUUCUUCUUGAAUGUAGGAUCCUGCAAUUUCCUGUAACAAUUAUUGCUAUUUUUUGUAGAUCCAGUGAACAGGGUCCGCCUAAGUUAGCCUCUGAAAAGAAGGAGAAAGCUUCUAGUCUGAUGUCCUUUGUGGUGGAGAAUAGAUGUUUGGUGAGCUGUCCAACGCUCGUUGUUUGAAAACGAGAAUUACCAUUGGUGUUUUAUCGUCUAUUUUUCUUAUCAGAUGCAGGAGUCUAAAGAACAGAUCGACAAUGACAGAAGUACAGGUUGGCCAGUUUUGUCCGUCAAGAUUCAUAAAGAGCAGGUAAAGAACUCUAUUAUUAGUUUUCUCGAUCGUUGUCAUGUAAUGCUUUAUGAAAUACUGUCCAGUCACUUUCCUCCUCCUCCCCCCCCCCCACCUCUCAAACUGGGGUUCAGCCUGCUAAACAGGUUCGAAGGUUGGACAACGUUAUCCACUGGAUGAAUCUCUAUCCGCUGGAUGGCGUAGAACGUUUUACAAUCACUUAUCCUCUGGAUAGCAAUUUAUUUGUUGGAUAACGUUGUGCGCCCUUUAGACAACUGGGCCUAGGCCUCCGCGUCUCCCAUUUGGUUUAAUUACUUUCUCUUGUUUUAUUAAUUUUCUUUUUCGAAACAGACUGUGGGUGAUCUCAAAGCCAAAGUUCUUGAACUUGCAGACUGCAAUGGUAUCUCAGGUUGUACAUAGUGUGGAUAUGCACAAGUUUGUUUUAAAUUGAUUCUCUCGUUCUUCAAACUGGGUGAACAGAUAAUUCAGAAGUACUUUGUCACGAUGGUCUUUGAAAGCGGUUGAAUCAGCCAUCUUAUUUCUUUUUUCUUAAAUUUUGCGCACUCAAUUUCUACGUUGGUCUAUCCACUGCCUACUGACCAAUUAUCGUUUUGUUUGUUGUUUAUCUUAGAAACCGCUUGUCGUUUACGGUCCGAUAGCGAUUGUCAAGGUCUUAGUGCCCCAGGUAAGUUAUUGAUCAUUGUGAGAAAAUAGGGGCCCGCGUACCAUACACAGAGUUUGUGUGUGAUUUUAAAAUCCGACAAAACUCAGAUUAUAAUGUGGAGUUUCUUUUAGUGAAGAUAGUUAAAUUUUUCGAGACAUAUCUUGUUUUAUGCCAUUCUGAACACUAAAAAGUUCAAUAGUGUGCCAUAUAAGGGGGAUUUAGGCCACAAAUCACUCUUGACUCUGUCUACUUUUAGGAAGCUGGGGAAAUCGUGAAGUUCGCGCUUUCUACUCUCUACGAGGGCUUCUAUGUAUGUGCUAUAAAAUGAACGAGUGAAACAGUUACGGGUGCCGUAACUGUUAAAGAUACGAUAUAUAUUGGCCGUAAAUCAAGAAAUCGUUCCAUUCAUACAGCCAUGUAUGGCUGAGUUGCUUCAGAAUUGACUUCUUAUUAUGAAGGGAGCAAAAGUAUUGAGUGAAACAGGUUUAAGACAUUUAGGAGUUUUCUCUGUUUAUCUAUGCCUUUCUUCAUCAACUAUCAGUGUAUGAACAUGAAACUUUGGAGGAGUCUUGGCUCAAUGGAGGUCAGCGGCUUGUAUUGGAGCAUAAGCCCCCUCUCCUCCAAGGAGAAAUCAUGAUCCGUUACUAUGUAUGUUCUCCCAUACAUACCAGCAGGAAAGAAGAGGAACAAACUGUGCUUAAAUCGUGCACCAUUCGUGAGGUAAUUCUCAUCCAUGUGUUAGUGUUGAAAUAUCUAACUUAUUAAAAAAAAAAAUGAAGAAUCUGCUUGUUUCUAAUUUCCUCCAGUGUCUACAACUGUUGAUGGAAGACUCCAACCUACAAGGUUUGUGUAUUCGUCUUGUUUUUCCCGACUUCUGUAUCACGCAAACUGCCGGCUAGCUUAGAGCAAUUUCAAUUGAGAGUUUAAAGUAAUCCGGGAUUACUUUGGCUUUAGUUUACUUUGCUCUGUGAUUGAUUUAGAAAACUCGCGCUGCCCUCUCAACCAAUCAGAUGCAAAAGUGAAAACAAUCGCGCCUGGUUGUGACUCCCGUUUUCCCGCGCUUCGAGCAGUUCGUUUGUUUUCACUCUGAGUCCAUAUUGGCUGGUGGUGAUAUUCAAUUGUGUUUUGAUUUGGGGCUGUGAUAACUUUGGUUUUGGUUUUUCGACACCCGGUAGAAAGAUGCUGAAUUGCGUUAUUGUUAAAACUCCAUGUUCUGGGUUUCAGACAGCAUUGAGUUUCUGUUGACCCAUUAAGUUCCUUUUUGGAAUGUGAGUCUGUUGGUGAUUACCUAACCCUUGCUCUAAUUAACAUUUUGCCAACAUAUUUGUUUGUUUGUUUGCUUCUGUUUACUGCUUUGGUAGGGAUGAGCUGGCAUUUAAGGAAAACUAACUGGAACGGUGAACCAACUGACCUGUUAGACAACGAGGUGAGAAGUCUUUCUUAUCUAAGCUCUGUUUACUAAAAACUCACAUUGAACUUAACUCAGAUCAAUUCAUCGUAUUAAAGAGCCCGUAAAUUCGUAUAAUUAGAUUUAAUUGCGCAUGCGUCCUUUGCAUUCCCAUUGUUCACACUGAUGACGUGUGUGUACGUGUUGUGGUUCGUGUUAUCCUUGGUUCAAGUUUUAUUUUCCUUCGUUUCAAACUCAUUAUCAUACAUUACAAUAACCAAAAACAAAAGAAAAUAAAAUUUUCACUAAGGAUAAAAUUGAACCACAACACACGCAUUGAAGCGUGGCAGAGGGAAUUUGUCCUCGUAAAAUAUUUAAAUUAUCGUGUCAAGUUAACAGAUAGAUUCCAUGUUUCCAUGCGUUUGUACCAUAAAAGAUCACAGAUGACGUCAAUAUGUGGCAAGAGCAACAAUUUGACGUCAUCUGUGAUCUAGUACUGUACAGACCCAUGGCAAUAUGGAAUUUAUUUGUGUUAUAUGAUUAAGACGAAAAGUGAUGUUGAUGGUGACGUAAUCAAUGUUUCUGUCCUUCAAUAGAUCAUAAGUAUGGACCUAUCAGAAUUCGUGUAUAAUUCAGCUUGUCAUUAAGAAAUGUGAAGAAACAAUUCGUUUAUGAGUCAGUUGUGUAAUCAUUGCAAAUCGAAGAACACGGAAAGUUUGAAGAACAACCAAUGAGCCACAAUUCUUACAAAUCUAUUGUGCUCUCCGAAAUUUGUGCUUGCUUGUUGUCUCAAUGAAUGUACAACUGACGCAUGAGCCAAUUGUUGAACUCUUAGACCCCUAAAAGAGACUAGCAUCUAAUUUCUCUUAAUAUUAUCACCCCUGAAUCACUUAUUAAGGUCACGAGAAUAAAGGAAAUGAUCUCUAACUAAAGUAGUUCUUGAUUUUUAAACAAAUUUUCUUUGUCAGCGCCUUAGGAAAUGUAUAGGGAACAGUUUGAGGAGUUUGCAUAUGGAUGUUAGGGUGGAAAAGAUUUAUAAAUGAAUUCCAACCCGAUAGUUCAGAUGUUUUAUUCCAAACUCUUAACUUUCUUUACAGGAAGAGACGCUGGAGAAUGAAAACAUUAAAAAUGGUGACACUCUUGUUGUUGAAGAGGGAAGGCUUCCUCCAAAGGUUAAGAUUGAAAAAAUGUACUUUAGACGUAUUUUGCUGUCAUUUGAUGUCCUCUUUUUGUGUCAUAAAUGAUUUUUCCUUACUAACUGUUCCUAACAGGGGUUCAUUCGUCUUACUUUAUGGCAAACAAACAGUGGGAAGGCGAAAAGCCAACAUUUUGGAGGAGUUUUAAACUGGAUUACAUCUGGUGUACAAGGUAAGAUGGUGGCUGUAAAAUUAAUUGAUUUCUUCCUUGAAAUUAACACGCUAAUUUUUCACUCUAAGGUCUCCUUGGUUCGUCCACAGUGGAGACUUCAGGGAAUGAUGACAACGCAGAGGUAGAACUAUUUAUUGAAAAAUUAUUGUUUGUUUUUCAAUUUCGUCAAGGAGAACCAUUUUCCCAUGUCAAUGCACAAAUGUUAGACACAGUGUAACUUAAGGCAGACCGGUUAAGACGCAGGCAGGCAGAGGGACCAACUGAUUGGCCAGCUGAUAGACAGACUCACAGACCCACUUGCCAACAGACAGACAAACUGAUCAGCCAGUAGAAAGACAGUCAGACAAACCAAUAAACCGAGUAGGCAACAGACAGAGCGGCCAACAGAUAUUGGGACAGACAGACUGUCUGACAAAAAGGCUGACAGACUGGCACACUGAUCUGCCUACAGACAGCUAUUAAUCGACCAGCCAACAGACAGACCGACAGUCAGACAGACCGACUGGUCAAGAGACAAACAGACAGACAGACUGGUCAACAGACAGAGACAGGAAGACAAACUGGCCAACAAACAGAUAAAUAGGCAGACUAACGGACAGACCAACUGACGAACUGAAAGAUAAACCUACGGAUAAAUGAGUGAGUGGGUAGUUGGCGAGACAAUUCAUUCGUUGUCCCAUAAUAUGGAAUCCCUCAAUUCCAAGGGACGACGACCAAGAACCGUUGUAACAUGAUCAAUCAUAGUUUGAUUUUUAUCAGGGUAGCGAUUCAUUUGAACCUUUGGGUGAUGUGGAGAUAUCCAAGGAAUCUUCACUGUAUGAUCUAAAGCUGCAGAUAAGUUGCAUGCCGCAGGUUGGUACUAAAGUCUUCCUUAGCUAUGCAACAGAUUCAGUCUUACCAUUAGCUUUUAUAUUCAUACUUUGUUAUCCUUCUCUCUUUUGAAAAAACUGCUCUUUGAUUGCCAAACCUGACGUAAGUCGAAUGUUCACCAGUAAUAGGCCAUAAUACGUACACGAAUGACAGCCAAGCUACUCUCCGCUGACCAAUAUGCCUUGAAUUUGCUAAUGAAAGUAUUGGAUCAAAGUCAGAAUCGGAGCAACUGCGCAACUACCCCUCCCCUAAUCCAACGUUAACCCUAACUUGUUCUCAGUUGACUUUUGUUGGGUUAGGGGAGGGGUAGGUGCGCAGCUGCUCAGACAUUGACGUUGGUCCAAAGUAUUAGACACAAUUAAGUCAUAAUAUGAUGAUUCCAAGGAUCUAAUAAUUAAAAAAGAAGCUUUUCUGAAUCUGCGAAAAUGGCAAUUAAGGCGUCUCCUCAUAACUGUGAAAUAAGUAACAAAAACACUUUUGGAGUUGUUCAUCGUCUUCCUUUGCAGCUAUCAGAUCACGUGAUCCCGACACCUUCAUUUGUCAGACUUCAGGAAGUCGUGGACAACCACGCAACACGAGUCCUUAGAGGAACAGAUCGGACUUUGGGGUUAGAAAAUCUCUUUAUUUAUUAUAAGAGCAGUUUUCAAUCGAGUUUCGAAACUAAUUCACAACGAGAUUUGAUUUGUGUAGAAAACUCGUGCGAUUCUUUGACCCAAUCAGAUGCAAAAAUUCAAGCAAUCACGAUUCUGUCACUCGCAUUUUCCCGCGCUUCAGACAGUUUGCUUGUUUUUACUUUAAUUCCUCAUCGGCUCCUCGGGAUAAUAGUCAAAUAGUAGUGACUCUUCAGAGCAAACUGGUAUAUUACUAUUUCAGGAAGUUAAAACUGACCUCAUCUACUCAGCUCUGUGUGUGUGUUCUUCAACACGAGGAAGAUCUAAGGUUAGUAAGAAAUAUUCUGCUUCAUGUCCUUUCCAGAUUCAAAGGUGCGAUUUGCAAAACAAUCUCGUAACGUACCACCGAUGUUUCCAUUUUUGUCUAACAGUUAAUGUUAAUGGAUUGCUGGUCUAAGCGAUAUUCAUUCUGUGAAAUUUUUAUGUAAGUUCUUCUGCAGUGCUGUUGAGACUAAAGAAAAGGAUGCCACGAGAGAGGAGUUACUAUGAUGAACAAGAGGUAAUUUAGCUGCCAUGGUGCAUUGAUACUUCUAACUAGGCUAUCGUAACCCUUUUUUUCCUUAAUUUUUUUUCUUUCGUACGGUUGGGUUUGAAAACUCGCACCACCAGAAUUAUCACAUAUAUUUUCCUGCGCUCGUUGUGUUUUGCAUGCACGAUGUUCUUUCCUCUAGUUCUCACUUGUUGAUGGUGGACUUUACGCCUGUAGUGAUUGGUCAUAGUAAAUAGACGUUGCCAUUGGUUCAAAAAUCUCGCACCUGAGUUUCGGAGCCAAUCUUCAUUGAAUUGCAGUUUGAUGUCAGAGGCGACAGAAGCAUUGGCUCUGGUUUUGAUAUUUGAUGUUGUAUAAUUAAUAUUUUCUGUCUUGUAAGGUAAUAUUUGAGCCGCCAGGAGGUGCUACGCCCGAGGCCUUACGUUACUUUGUGGGCAAAGUUUGUGAUAUUCCUCUUGAAAAACUUAAUGUGGCCAAAUAUCUCAGAGCCAAAUAUGAAUGGUUGGUCAUCAAAGACACUGAUGGAACUCAGGUAAAUUCACUUUUCAAGUUUGUGUUUCCUGUCUUACAGAUAUUACAGCGUCCUCUCUGUCACAACUGCACCAAGAGACAUAUAGCUAUCACAGUGUCAAAUACAAAGAAUAUGAAAAACCCAGCCAGCGUCAUUCCUGCACAAAAGUGUCCUACCAUGCAAUCGUUGUUUUUUCAGGAAAUCCGUGUCAAGUUUUAAAUUUACAAUACUUAUUUCAUUCUUUUUCAACAGAACAAGAAAAAGGGUCGGAAAAAGAAAAUCAAUUUGCGACAGUCUCCUGUUAAUCUUCAAGAUGGAGAUGUUAUUGGUGUCAAGGUAAUGUUAUUGUUUUAGUCACACUGAAAAGUUCAAGCUCGUUCUGAAGGUCCGCUGUCAUACUCCCCUGGUCUUUGUAAGUUUUGCCCGCGUUAUGGAGACUUGUAGUGUCUUGUAAGGUUAGUAUUAUGAUGAAAAAUCUAUACCACAAGUUCCUCCUCAAAAAGCACGAUUACUUCUUAAUCCAUGAACGUUUACGAAAAACGCUAAUAUUCGAUUGUUACCAGUUAGGUAUUAUAAACUUUACUUAACUUUCUUAUUCGACUGUUUUUGUUUUUCGAAAUCUCAAAGAAUUGCCAAUCCGAUUCGGAAGACAAUGAUGAUUUCAGUACACCAGCAGAUGAUGAAGGAAAAGAAAAACUUAAAAGGGAAGAGGAGGAGAAAAAGAUGAGGUAGACAGAAUUUUAUUUCUUGACGUUUAUUGCAAUUUUCAAUUGUGUCGAAAAUAAUCCGAGAUUGCAUUGGUUAUGCUUUACUUCGCUCUGUGAUUGGUCCAAAAUACCCGAGCCAUUCUCCCAACCAAUCAAAUGCAAAACUGACCAAUCACGAGUCGGUCGCCCACGUUUUCCCGCCUUUUCCCGACUCUAAGAGGUAUUUUCCUUUCUUCCGAUUAGCUGAUGAGAUUACUUUGGUUUUGAUUUAACGACACAGUCAAAAAGCGCUCUACUCUGAUAUUUCGCCAUUCUGACAUAUUCAGUUUUUUUCGUGUCUUUUAGGAGAAAAGAAAAACGGGCAAGACGACCUGAAGUUCCGCUCUGCAUUCAUGUGGAUGACUUUAGAUAG